AUGGCUCGAACCAAGCAGACUGCUCGGAAGUCAACGGGUGGGAAAGCGCCCCGCAAUCAGCUGGUCACAAAAGCAGCCAGGAAAAGCGCCCCUUCUACCGGCGGGAUGAAGAAACCUCAUCGCUACAGGCCCGGGACUGUUGCGCUUCGAGAAAUCCGUCGUCACCAGAAAUCCACCGAGCUUCUGAUCCGGAAACUGCCUUUCCAGAGGCUGGUGAGGGAGAUCGCCCAGGAUUUCAAAACUGACUUGCGGUUCCAGAGUGCCGCCAUCGGUGCGCUGCAGGAGGCUAGCGAAGCGUACCUGGUGGGCUUGUUUGAAGAUACUAAUCUGUGUGCCAUCCACGCUAAGAGAGUAACGGUCAUGCCCAGAGACAUCCAGUUGGCUCGCCGGAUACGGGGAGAGAGAGCUUAA